CCUCCCCUGGCUGGAGUAGAUCUUGGCUGUUUUUGGCGCCUGCUUCGAGCAGGUAAAGCCUCCCCCAUAAUGGACGCACUGCUGCCUGUAGCCAUUUUGGCUCAAGGCCCAAUAAUUUAGAUUCACAAUCGAGAUCAUAUGCUUGCGUCUUCCAUGGUCUGCACGACGAUGAUUCGCGUGGGAUGUUUGGUGGUCUGUGCCGCUGUGGCGAGCGGGCUCCAUGCCGACACGGGCGCCCUGACCCAGCUCCGGGGUUCCAAUCAUUCGGUCCUCAUCCUGGGAUGCUCUGUAGACAGGAACGCCGUGGAGAGGUUCUGCGGCAAGGUCGACAGGUUUUACCGCGUGGGGUGCUACGACGAGGAGCGCCAGCUCAACAUCGGCUUCGUCUUCCACCCCGGGGUGGGCAUCAACGGUGACCUGCAGCCGCCCUUUUACAACCGCACCCAGUGGGGCUCCAACAUAGGGCAGCCUAUAUCCGACGACAAGGUCCUGCGCAAGUGGUCCUCGAGCAUGGUGGGAGAGCUGUUCCCCGACAUGGUCGUGGUGGACAGCUCCCUGUGGGACCUGUCGACCUGGGCCUCGUGGGGCAUGAGAAACGUGACGGCAGACCGGCUGCGCCAGUGGGGCAUGCGUGAUCUGAGGAAUGAAUUGGCCCGCGUGUCCGAGGCAUACAACAAGAGCCGCAUCGUCUUCAGGACUGCGCCCGCAGUGUACAAGACAAAGUGGGUCGUUGGUGACGCAGGACAAGUGUACAAGGAUGUGGCGGCAAUCUCGAAUGAUGGAAUCCGCAUGAUGCAGAGGGAGCUGAGGAAGCACAUCAAGGGUGGCAAGCUGUACGGCAAGUACGAGGUGAUCGACUACAGCCAGAUCAUGGACGAUCUUAUCCAGGAGCGCGGGGCCGACGAUCCGUCCCUGUGGCUGAAGGACGGGUACCAUCCCAGUGCGGAGCCCUCCCGACGCUACCUCAACGAGAUCUUCCGCCUCAUGGACCUGGCGACGGUGGAGAAGAAGGUGGAGGUGGACGGCUUCCGGCGGCGGUGGGCGGCGGCCGCUGGCGACAGGGACGAGGCGGGCGAUCUGCCGUGAGCGCUGCGGCAAUUCCCUCGCCAGCCCGAUUGCCCGAAUUGUGAAGAUGGGCCCGGUGGUUCUCACUUCACUGGAAAUAAACAGCUUCUCGGAUCGGCGCCGAGCUCCCUUCCCCGGAGGCGCGCCCCCGCGCCAGGGGCGGCGCUGAGGGUGCAUAAACCUACACUGUUUCAUGUUGUCCCAGCUUGUUAGUGCAUGCAGCGGUUCACCUAUUCCAGGUUGGCUAUAGUAGGCUCUUGGGUUUGGAUGUGUGUCUCCCGCCUCCUCGGCCUCCUCCUUCGUCGUCGUCGUCGUCCUCCUCCUCCUCCUCCGGCGGAUGUGGAAGCAAUCUGUUUUAGCAGUUUGAACGCCAGUUUGGGCGCACACUGCUUUAUUAACAGUUUUAACGCCGGCUGCGCGGCAACUGCUGGCCAGGUGUUGGUUCCGUGAAAAAAA